AUGAAUUCUAGGAGUAUGAUCUAUAAAAGAAAUUGGGAAAACACAACGCCACUUCCAGGUAUCUCUAUCACACAGGAUAUCAACUACACUCAGUGGAAAAAAGUCACCGGACACUUUGUAUAUUUGAAUAUUGCUCGGGAUAAU